AUGAAUACUGUUAAACAAACAGUACAUUCAAAAGGAAAUUUAUCAUCAACAUUUUUACCUUAUAAUACUGUACAGAAUACAAAUAGAAUAUGUCAAGUAGCAACAGACAAUUCAUUGAUGUCACAAUUUGUGAAUAAUGAUAACCAAUUAAUGACAAAUUUUGAUAAUAAUCUAGUAUUCUCUCAUACACCGAAACAAAUAUUUACUUCAGAUUUUCAAAGUUUACCUGAAAAAUACUAUAAUAAACUAAGUGAUACAUUUAUAGAAACUUCAAGGAAUCAAGGAUCUUCUUCAUCAUUUGUACCGCAUACAAUACAAAUGGAGCAUAGUACAUCACUUCAGAAAUUAUCUAACACUGAUUGUAUUCCAUCAUAUUGUGACUAUUCAAUGGAAAUGUUUAAUCCUAAUUAUUCAUCUAUAAACUUUUUUAAUGAUUUUAAAGACAAUUAUGAACAUAAAGAUCAACAGAAUAGGUCAUGUAACGGAAGUUAUUCAUUGACAGAUACAUCAAAAUGUCAAUUAGAUCCGAUAAUAUCUGUCAAAGGUUUGAGUGAUAAUUCAAACACUUCUAAUCAUAAAAAUCAGUUUACAGCAUCAAAUAUAUGUUGUAAUCCUCAAAUGAACAAUUUUCAUGUAAGCCAACGAAAUUAUCCUACAAAUAUAUCUACUUUUAAACCAGUAUCAAAAGACUUUUCUUAUACUUUAUCAGCUGCUCAUAAAGAUUUUAAUUACUCUAUUAGUAUUAUACCUGAAAAUGAUUCAUUGAAAUGUACUUUGAAAGAACCAAACAAUUCAAAUACAAAUUCUUGUUACUUUGAAUCAAAUUGUACAUUAUCUCUUCAAGGUAAGAAAAAUAAAGAUUGGAAAGAUAGUCUACCACCAGUGUUGUUUGAAAUGAAUUCAAAUUUCAAUGAAAAUGAACAAAUUCAACCGACCACAUAUCAUCAUGUUAAAAGUCCUGAUUUAUAUUCUACAGACUAUUUAACUAACUUUUCAUAUUCACAAAUAGGAAAUCAUUCCAUGUUAGAUAAUAAUGAAGUAGUUAAGUCAAAAAUACAAUUAUCAGAAGCACAACCUAUGGGAUUCAGUAGAUAUAGAAAUGAUGAUGACAUAUUUUGUCAAAAUUCAGAGAUUAAUUAUAUGAAAUAUGAAGAGAAACAUUCCAUUCCUGUAAGUUCACAGCAACAAAAAACUUAUCCAAAUAGUUAUAAUACAACAUUUAAUUUGAAAAACAACAGCUCAUUUCGUCCAUUACAAAGAUCACCUGCUGUUGUUGGUGUAAGUGAUUUACUGAUAAAAUCUGAUGCAGAAUUGAAUAGUAUAUUAGAGAAGAUAAAAAGUGUAUCGAACAGUAAUCAUCCAAAACUGGAAUCACAUGAAUUACUGAAACAAAAGUGUAGCUUUGAUUCUAGUCCAGAUAAAAGUACUUCAAAUGGAGGCUUAUCUAGUAAUCCAUAUCAAGAUGAUGUAUCACCGGCUCGUCGACGAUUUUUUCCACAUUAUUUAACUCAUGAUGUCAAACUGAAUUAUUCAACUGGUAUAUCACAUCAAGAUAGUGAUGAUAUGGAAGAGGAGAAAAGGAGCUUUUAUGAUUAUGGUUGUGAUGAUGAAGAAGAUGAAGAUAAAAUGGAAGAUGAAGAUGAAUUGUAUCUAUGUAAUGAUAAUAUGGAUAAAGGGAAUCAAAAAUUUCACACAAAUUACAGUUUAUUCAACUCAAAAUAUUCCACUCACAAUAAAAAUGCUUAUAACAAUAAUGCUAGUGUAAUACAAAGAAUUCGUGAAUUAGAACUACAGAAUCAAGUUUAUCACUGGGAGGAUAAUUGUAUACACUCUACAGAUAAAUCUUGUUCGAAAGGUACAACUAGGAAUAUUAAUAAUAAUAUCAAAAACAGUUCUAAUAAUAAGAAUACAAAUAAUAAAAAUUUUUCAACUAUAAAUGAAGUGGAAAAUGAAGAUGAUGAAGAUGAGAGAAAAAUGUUGAGUACCUAUGAAUGUGAAGAUAAUGAUAUGCCAUUUAUAGAUAGUGAUUCAUUUAUACUUGAAUUUUCACAUUUAAAAGGUUUACUUCCUAGAAUAGCUGAUUUGGAAGAGAUUACACUAAGUUCAAUUGAGUUGCACUUAUCGUUAUUCUAUGGUCAAUUUAUGCAAAGUACUAACAAAUUAAAUAAAUCACAAAAGUUUCCACAAUAUCAUUGUCAUCAGGAAUGUUCCUCUGGGGAUCCAAAAAUCCGGAAUGUUCAAAUUAAACAUUGUUUUGACACAACACAACACUAUGACCAAGAAAUAUAUGUGAAAUGA